AUGGAAUCCAAGAACACUUCUUCAUUAACCCUUCUUCUCUCACUCAACCUUCUCUUCUUUGCUGUGGUCAGUGCCACUGACUCUGUCCCUAAUCUACCGGAUUCCGCAACUUCGUCUUAUUAUUCUGGAGGUAAAUGUGAUCUAUUGAAGUUAGGAGUGUGUGCCAAUGUGCUUAACUUGGUUGAUGUUGUGGUGGGAUCACCUCCAACGCUACCAUGCUGCAGUCUCAUUGAAGGUCUUGUCGAUCUUGAAGCUGCUCUUUGCUUGUGUACGGCCAUCAGAGCCAAUAUUUUGGGAAUUGACUUGAAUAUGCCUGUUGCACUCAGUUUAGUUCUUAAUAAUUGCGGGAAGGAAGUCCCGUCCGGCUUUGAAUGUUACUAA